AUGAAACAUCAGUGUUGCAAUCCUUCUUCCGAUGCUCAUCCAAAUCAUCAUCACGAUGAUAAUGGAGAACAUAAUUUGAUUCUGGAAACAAAUGGUAAAAAUCAUUUUGAAGUUCCACUCAUUGAAAAGGAUAAAGUUUCCUCACUUUCGAAUGAAGAAAAGAAAAAGAUAUUCGAAAAUUGUGUAAAGAAUAUGAUAACAUUAAUGGGUGAAGAUUAUGAAAGAGAGGGUUUAGUAAAAACACCAUCAAGAGUAUUUCACAGUUUUGAAUCAUUAUGUGAAGGUUAUAAUGUUAAAGAUCCAAAAGAAAUUUUAGGAAAAGCCUUAUUUAGGUAA